CGGGACCCCGAGGUUUUCUUCUCUGGGGAUAGGGGGCAAAGGGUGAGGAGGAGGAGAAAGAAAUCGCUCGAAAUCUUCUCGGUCCCAGGCAACCGCUGCUGCCCCUUUGAUGUUUUGGUACGCCUUGCGCAUGCGCCUCACAUUAGAAUUACUGCACUGGGCAGACUAAGUUGGAUCUCCUCUCUCCAGUGAAACCCUCAAUCCCGUCCAAAACUAAAGGGAUGUGGAGAGUCCGGAAAAAGGGCUACUUUGGGAUCUGGCCGUUCCCCUUAAUAAUCGCCGCUGUCUGUGCGCAGAGUGUCAAUGACCCUAGUAAUAUGUCGCUGGUUAAAGAGACGGUGGAUAGACUCCUGAAAGGCUAUGAUAUUCGGCUGAGACCAGAUUUUGGAGGUCCCCCCGUGGCUGUGGGAAUGAACAUUGACAUCGCCAGCAUCGAUAUGGUUUCUGAAGUCAAUAUGGAUUAUACCUUGACAAUGUACUUCCAGCAAGCUUGGAGAGAUAAGAGGCUGUCCUAUAAUGUAAUACCUUUAAACUUGACUCUGGACAAUAGAGUGGCAGACCAGCUCUGGGUGCCCGAUACUUACUUCCUGAACGAUAAGAAGUCGUUUGUGCACGGAGUGACUGUCAAGAACCGCAUGAUCCGCCUGCAUCCAGAUGGGACGGUCCUUUACGGCCUCAGAAUCACAACCACAGCUGCCUGCAUGAUGGACCUGAGGCGGUACCCACUGGAUGAACAAAACUGCACCUUGGAAAUUGAAAGCUAUGGAUAUACAACUGAUGACAUUGAGUUUUACUGGCGUGGGGAUGAUAACGCAGUAACAGGAGUAACCAAGAUUGAACUUCCACAGUUCUCUAUUGUAGAUUAUAAACUUAUCACCAAGAAGGUUGUUUUUUCCACAGGUUCCUAUCCCAGGUUGUCCCUCAGCUUUAAGCUUAAGAGAAACAUUGGUUACUUUAUCCUGCAAACAUACAUGCCAUCUAUCUUGAUCACUAUCCUCUCCUGGGUCUCCUUCUGGAUUAAUUACGAUGCUUCAGCUGCAAGAGUGGCAUUAGGCAUUACAACUGUGCUAACAAUGACCACUAUCAAUACCCACCUCCGGGAAACUCUCCCUAAAAUCCCUUAUGUGAAGGCCAUUGACAUGUACCUGAUGGGGUGCUUUGUCUUUGUUUUCAUGGCCCUUCUGGAAUAUGCUUUGGUCAACUACAUUUUUGGGAGGGGACCUCAACGCCAAAAGAAAGCAGCUGAAAAGGCUGCCAGUGCCAACAAUGAGAAGAUGCGUCUGGAUGUCAACAAGAUUUUUUAUAAAGAUAUUAAACAAAAUGGGACCCAAUAUCGAUCCUUGUGGGACCCAACUGGAAACCUCUCCCCAACUAGACGGACUACCAAUUACGAUUUCUCUCUGUAUACGAUGGACCCCCAUGAGAACAUAUUACUGAGCACUCUUGAGAUAAAAAAUGAAAUGGCCACUUCCGAGGCUGUGCUGGGACUUGGAGACCCCAGGAGCACAAUGCUGGCCUGCGAUGCCUCCAGCAUCCAGUAUCGGAAAGCCGGGUUACCCAGGCAUAGUUUUGGCCGAAAUGCCCUGGAACGGCACGUGGCACAGAAGAAAAGCCGCCUGCGGAGACGCGCCUCCCAACUGAAAAUCACCAUCCCCGACUUGACUGAUGUGAAUGCCAUAGAUCGGUGGUCCCGCAUAUUCUUCCCAGUGGUUUUUUCCUUCUUCAACAUCGUCUAUUGGCUUUACUAUGUGAACUAAAACAUAGCCUCCCAUGGGAAGCAAGGACUAGAUUCCUCCUCAAACCAGUUGUACAGCCUGAAGUAGAACUUGGAAAACACAUCACUCCAGGACAAAAGUGAUGCUAAAAUACCUUAGUUGCUGGCCUAUCCUGUGGUCCAUUUCAUACCAUUUGGGUUGCUUCUGCUAAGUCAUGAAUACACUAAGGUCCCUGUGGUUUUCCAGUUAAAAUGCAAGUGAUUUGUACACAUGCUGGCAAGACUGAGUCUGAGUGUCCCACUUUAUCUGCUUAGUAUACAGCCUAUAUGGAGGGCAGUCAUUUAGAAGAUACUCUAGAAGGGUCAAUAGCGUCAUCAGUCAUUUUGCAGAGAAGCGGUCAUACCCAGAUACUUCCCAUCUUCCUUCCUAAGGUUGGCAUGUGAUCUGCCGUGCCACGCAGACAUGCUGACUGAAGAUGGUCUAUGCCUGUCUUAUUAAGGUGAUAAUGGUGCCAUGGGAAGUUAAUUCCCACUGGAUUGUAGAAGGUUCUCAUGUAGUUCAAACAGGAUAGGGAGAGUCAGGACAGAGACUCAGGAAACCAUUUUGGCCAGGCUCUGUUUGCUUGAGCAUAGGAAUCAACUCCAACAUCUUCCACUUUGACAUUUAGAGAAGGGGAGACUUCUGAACGUUUUCAUGCAUGGGGGCCAAAGAAAUUUUUCUAAAAGGCUAUUUCCGAGGUCGUUAAACUAAGAGUUAAUAACCCAGAGCAGAGUGGAAAAUCCAGAAACAGCUGUUGUAACAAAAUUAAAGCAAGUGAGCAGCAUGACCCUUAUCAGCCCCUUGCAGCAUCUGGUCCACACAUACUGUGUUCAGUGGCGAAAGGUAGAGCGGGAGACAUUUUUUUCCUCCAACCUCACAAGCUUUUGACAGCAUACCUAGAGAGGUUUUUAUAGUUUAUCUAAUAAAAAGACAACCCCCAAAUAGAAAAGUUAGUGGAAUUAGAAGCAUCUUAGGUUACACUGGGAGUCAUCCCAAUAUAUGAAUAUAAAGCACAGACAGAGCUAGCAAACAGGAUGCUUUUCUCAGACAGUGUCAGCUGUCUCUACAACAUUUUCCUACAGUUUAUUUCUGAAUUUAAUAGGUUAUUUCAAAGGAAGGAUUUGUUCAUUUCUUUAGAGGAUUAAUGGUCUUUUCCAACUUUUCUUGCUUCUGAAAUUCUGAUUAUAUUCUUAAGAGACAGACAAAGUAAGGCUUUGGAGAGCUUUCGAGAGAACUAUGUUUCCUUGUGUGCAGUGAAGUUCACCUUUGUAUCUUUCAUAGCAAACAGUACUUCAAAGAUUAUGUGCACAAGUAGGGUUACUUUGUAGGUUUGCUGGGUUUGAUUUUUUUAAGGGUGAUUUCAUUGUGUAUGUUGCAACCUGCCUAAUCAAAGAAAAUAGGAAAAGUCAUGCAAAACAGAAUAACAUUAACAUGGUGAAUGUUAUGAGCCUCAGUUGAUACUGCAGAAAAAUAUAUAACAUAAUCAGGCAGGCACGAUGUAUUGUUUUUAUUCAAUUUUUAAAUUAUGUCAUUGUGCUUCUUUCUAUACUAAUUGGAUAUAUGCAUUCAUAUGUUGGACAGGAAAGAGAAUAAGCUAAUAUAUUUUAUUCUGUCAGUGUGCGGUUCGUAUUUUGCAUUUCUCGGAGAAAAUAGUGAAUUGCUCAUUUUUCCUUAGAGUUUCAUUUGAUUGAACUUUUUCUUGGAGGAUGACUUUGCUAUUUCUAUUUAAAAAAUAAACACUUCUUUUCAGAGUAACAUCCCUAAUUGUGCAUAGUAGCCAAGACCAGUAUCUGCCUGUGGAUAAAAUGUAUGUUUUCUUUCCCUGAUGAUUCAGCAGCUUCAAAUAUGAUGGAGUCCUGCUGCCCUUCUAUUUCCACUAUUAGAGGAAAAAAAAAGGUUUAGCAUCCAGCUUUCUGAAUUUGCCCCCCCCCAAAUGGGAUGAUAUUUUUUUUCACCAGCAUAGGGAACUCUGGCCCUUAUUUUUUUGAUUAUACACUUGAACACCUCUGAGUAUGAUCUUUGGGCAGAAUCCAACCUACAUACUGCCCCUGGGCUCAGAGCAGAGAGUCCUCAAGUUUCUCCGGGGACACACUUUCCCCUGGGCAAUCAUUUUGGGACAUCACGCUAAUAAAAGUGCCUGCCCCUUGUCACUAGGGCUUAAAGUUUGAGUAGCAUAUAUCAGGAAGGAGCAUAUUGACAACUCAGGUGUACAACUCCAAAAUGCCAUUCUGGAAAGGUUUUUCUAGAGACAACUCAGAGCUCCAAUCUAAAAGUGGGCUCUUAAUUGCAAUUAUCAUAAAAGCCAUAAAAAUCCUUCAUAUUGUCAUUAUGGUUACAACAAAAUUUUGAUGUCCAGGGAAGUCAACAGAGAAAUCUAGAUCAAAGUGGACAGAAGCAGCUUUGCAACAUGAGCCUCAAAAGCAUAUGACCAGGGAUUCAUUUCCGCCUGCAGUGAUAAGGAAAAUCUAGGGAAAAGGAGAAGAUGGGACCUUGAAACAGAAGCCCUAGAGCGAAAUCCAUAUAUUGGCAUUCAGUAACCAUGUAGGUAGAAAAAACUGCCUCAUCCUGCCCAGAGAUAACAGUAGAUAUAGAAUUUAUUCUUAAACUGUAUUUUUAUUGUAUUUGAAUUGGAUUUUAGUCACCAAAUUGGGGGAGGGCCAGGGAGGGGUGCUAGAUCUUUAAGUCUUCAAAAAGACCAGUCAGCUUGAUAUCCAGUGUUUAAAUUUAAGGACCACAAAAGUGUGUUUUGGCAAUUCUGAUAUGGUAUUACUAUCAGUUUAUACAUAUAUGUAUAGUUUUUCUUUUGGUAAAAAAACAGCCAGAUAGCCAGCAAUUAAGGUGUUUUUCGUCUUUGUGAAAUUCAUAGGCAAAUUCUGACUCUAAAAUGCACAGUCUAAAUGAAAUCUUUGAUCUCAAUCUGUAUAUAUAUUGUACAUGACUGCUAGUAGGUAUGAAAUGCAUUUUCAGAACUGAAAACUCAUGCAACAUAAUCAUGUGUUUGCAUAAGGAAUGUUACAAUUCUUUGUACUGCAAUUCAAUAACGGGAAAAGAUUUAAGCAGUGCCAUCUAGACCUUUUCUCAUUUCUUCAAAAGCAGUGCUAAGUGAAAAAAUAAUAAUAAUAAUAAAAAUGGUUUAGGAACCGGAAGACUUUACAUUCUAGCAUUAGGAACACAAAAAAAUCUGUCAGCUUACAAAAGCACAAUGCAUAGAGAAAGUUCAGUGGAAUGCAUAAUGGGGAAAUGAGUCACAUUUAUUUUAAUCAAGACCCGCAUUAAAUUGGCAACUAAGACAAUUUCCAUUUUCUAUAGGUAACUGUUGUCCAAUUUUAUGAUUAAAGUCAUAUUCAAUAACAAAAACAGCCAACAAACAGGUCUACAACAUAUCUACAUGUAUAUAUGUGUAUAUAUAGAUCCAUGUAAACAUACAUACAUAUA